CUCUCUGACAUGUCUCCAGCCAUGGGGAGCACCGAGAUCUGGACUGCGCCACUAUGCCACAGGAUUUAACCGAGGAAGCGACGCAGAACUCCGCGGAGAAUAUCCAGGUGUGCGCGGAUUAUUCUACAGCAGCAGAACGCCCGCAGCUUGCGUUUUUACACUCACGUCCAUGAUCGGGAGGGCGAGCAAACUCCAAGGCAAAGAUGGUAAAACGUGGUGGAGGCAGGAGGCGUCGACUCCCCAGCAUCACCUGAAGAACUGGAAGGUGAUGCUGUGGGUGGUGGCAUCUUUGCUGACACUAGUGGAAGAUGUGUUUUCUGAGGAGGACAGUAAAGAGGCUCAGUCAGACUUCCAUCGUGUCCUCAGGCAGCCCUCCUUGUCUCCCGCUGAGGAUCUGACACAGGACAGCACGGUCCACGCACCCUGGCCUAAAGCCCUUGUAGAGUGGUCACUGAUGCAGGAAGAGGACAUCCAGCAGAACAGAUGGCGGCGCUCCCCUCGGGACCCAAACUCGCCCAGAACGUCCCGGAGGAACCGCAAGAAGACCAAGAGCAGCCGCGACUGCCACCUGGAGAGGAAGGAGAUGCGGGUGCGGGACCUCGGUCUCGGCUACGACUCCGACGAAAUAGUCCUCUUCAAGUACUGUGUUGGGACAUGCCACAGUGCCCGCAAAAACUAUGACCUGGCCCUCAAAGCUCUGAUGGACAACGGGAGCAUCUCGGACAAGAGGGUCAGCAGUCACCCCUGCUGUCGGCCUACCCGUUACGAGACUGUGUCCUUCAUGGACACCCAGACUACUUGGCAGACCAUAAGGUGGCUCUCUGCGGCCAACUGCAGCUGUGUGGGCUGACUGUAAAAAAGAGUCUAUCUACAAACACAGAAAUGCUCUUGUGUGAAAUAGCAGCAUGCCGCGAGGCCUGGUCUCUAUAGCGGGUGACUAAACCCCGGUUCAUGUGGUGUAAGGCAUGGGCCGGGGAUGGGAUCCGCAGUGCGGUGGCCAUGGCCUGCCCUACGCUGACAGCUCGGCCGUUGUUAAUGGAGGUUCAGAUACCUUCAGAUAGAACCAUACGCCACCGGCAGGCUAUCUGAAUGUUUGCCACCAGCCUGGUGCAGUGGAAGGUUUGAUUAAAUGCCACCAGCAAUAAGCAGAGAGGAGGAAACCUCAUUCAACCAGUUGAAGGCUUACAGCAGCCAUGUUGGAGGUCUUCCGGUCUUUGGAAAAGAAACUCUGAGUGGUAGCUGAUCACAUUUCUAAGGCUACAUUUACAUUGCUGUGGUUUGGUUUUUGAGCAUAGUUUGGAGCCAAAAGCGAUCUCCGUGCACCCAAGCGUUUUCAGCUCCAGUAGAAGAACUAAUCUCCAUUCAGACUAAAGCUCAGUUCAGACCAAAGAUUCGUGAUGAGACAAGUUGAAACUUGCAACUACUUGCAACUACUUGCAACGCGUCGGUCUGCGGCGUUCUGAAACCUGCCAGUUCACACCAAUGCCACGAGACGAGACGGUGUAUCAUCUUCGUAGCAACGACUCUUUGUGCUUCUGUCCUAACU